AUGGUGCGGGAUGUGCUCGUAGUGAACAACAGCUGUGUGGCCCUGCCCCUUGGGUGUGGCUAUCCCACGUGCAUCCACCACGAGGCCCUCAAGGCCUUUAAGCUCAAGGUGCAACUCUCGGACGCCCAUGCGGCUGCCGUGGCCAACACCGUGCGGCAGCAGCUGGCAUGCCAGAAAUGGGCCUCGCGCCUUUGCUUCCUGCUCCUUCUCCUUCUGCUCCUUGUCCCUGUGGCCUCCGACGCGCUGACGAAAGAGCCCGAGACACCCUACAAGGCGUGCAUCGUGAACGCCACCCUCACCUGCGUGGUGGUCUUGUGGCUGGCGCCUGGGGCAUGA